UUGAGGCGCCUCCAAAUCAUUCCACGGCCUUUUAAGAAGGAUUAUAUUCAAGAAUUUUGAAGUUCUUUUUUUUUUUUUUUUUUUGCAAAACAAAAAAGCGCCACCAUGCCGAUCCUAAAGCAGCUCGUGUCUGGCCUCCUCGCAGACCAAACGCCGCUCACAGCCCUGGACCUGACCAGGGAGAUGAUCAGCGUCACUGGCGACUUUCGCCACACCAUGCACGUAGGCCGCAGUGGUGACGCGUUCGGUGACACCUCCUUUCUUCGCACGCGCUCAGGGGAAACGCCCCCCGAUUCCAAUUUCUCCCCCCGCUCUCCUCGGCCCGGCCUCCUGUCUCGCACCUUCAGCAGCAAACGCUCCCAGUCAGUGACCCGAGUAGACCAGCAGGAGACAACCCCGGCUGGGUCGCCCACCUAUGUGAAGAACGCCAUGUCGCUCCCCUUCCUCAACGAUGAGGACAGAGGGCACGGUAAUGUGGCAAAGAGUUUGUCCUCGAGUCCUAUAAAGCAGCACGGGGAGGUGGACGGGAGAGGCGCAACUGCAGCUGCUCAUUACCUGGAGCUGGAAAGCGCAGCUUUGGCGAGCAUCACCGAGCUCCCGGAGAGCUCCCACCACUACGGCGGUGGAAUGAAAACGCCGAGUCGGGUAAUGUCUUUCCAUGUCGACCUGGGACCCUCCAUGCUGGGGGAGAUCCUGGGCGUGAUGGAAAAGGAGGAUGACGAUCUCGGCUACGAGGAGGGCAAGAGCAGCGAGGGCCACGCCUCCCCGCCUCUCAGCACCCACGGCGAGGAAGAGGAUAGUGUGGAGAGAGAAAAAGACGAGGAGGAGGCGGCGGAGGAGGAGACGGAGGGAGGCUCUGCAGAACUGCCGCGGGCCUCUAUGCAUGCAGCCAGCUCUGUGGAUCUGGGGCCUGAGAAUGGAAGUCCCUACACCCCAGAAUACACUCCCGAGACUCGGCCCAAACAUUUGCAGCACCUAGACAGCUGCUCCAUGUCCAGCUCUGGCUCUGCUGCCCUGGACGAGAAGCCCAACAGCCAGACCUAUGCAGGAGAUACAGACAGCGCCACCUUCAGUGCCCCGCCCGAGGAGGAGAGCAACUUCUCCUCUUUCUUGGAAGAUGAAGACGAUGAGAUCCGCGUAUGAGAUCUCCUGAAGUCUUCUAAAGAAAGAAAAAAAAGAAAAAAAAAAAAAAAAUAGGACAGAGCUCUGGAAGGGUUUUAUGUGAAACAAGCAAGUCCUUUGGCGGCGUGGAUUUGCAAUUGAACAGAAAUGAGACACAGUUGUCGGGUACUGUGGGGAUGGGACUGUGAAGGAGACGGAGGGCGCUUCCUUUUGUAGGUCUGCAAGGAGAGAGUGACUGCUCCUUUUUGGAAGAGCCAAACUCCAUCUGUCAGAGAGCCGUAGCCUCCACUGUCUGUCAAUCCGUCGCUCCCUUUUCGAACACUGAGGGAACUGACACGGAAAGAGCAGCCACUCGUUAGAAAGAAACUUUUGGGAAAGACACUUUCAUAACUAAAGCUCAGUUCACGCUUUGUCUCUCUGUCCACAUGGCUUCUUAAAUUUGGUUCGCCUCCCUUCUGUUCUGCUGGCCGUGGGACAUCAUGAGGCCGAACAGAAGGCCUCUAUCACCACAGGAUUACUGGUGGGUAUCUUUGUAACAAGAAAGGGGGCUGUGUUUGUCACUGGAGUGUGAAGCCCUGCCUUGAGCCCCUUUCAUCUGAAAAUAAUAUAGUACAGUGCCAUAGAUCUGUUGGUUGUGUCCCUUAUGUAACUCAGGCUGCCUUUCCUCGCUGUAAAGCUGGACCACGAAGCCCAAAACCAAAAUUCUCCUGUUUUCUAUUCACCGUGAGCGUCACACAGGCUUAGCCUCAGUGUAAAUUAAAGACCCCAGGGCUGUAAAGCUAAUGGAGAUGCAUUAACUAAAACAUAUGGUGUUACUACAGGAAGCCAGAGGUGUGACGAGUGGUGUGUGUGUGUGUGUGACCCACUGGGGAGAGAUUGUACACUGUAUUUAUUGUCUCUCAAAAUCAUAAUAAUGCUGAUCUUACAGAUUUCUGAUGACUGACACGGAGUGGCUAUCUUCCACAUACUAACUCAGCUGUCAUUUCAAGCUCGGAGAACGCAAUCCAAGUGCUACUCGAUCAGCUCCAUUAACAAAAGGAAUUCCUAGACGGCCAUCUCUGCUUCCUGUCACUUCUUCGGCUCUCCCAGAAGAGGAAGGAAGGAAGCAAUUGAGGCCUUGUUGGAUGCGUCUCUUACGUUCUAGCUAUACAACCUGAGAAUGCUGUGAUGGCGUGUGCGUGAGAAGAGUCAAUAUAUUAGUCCCUGAAAUCCAAAGUCCAGCCCUGGACGGAGGAAGGGAAGUGCAUCACGAUGGAGAGCCGCAUGCAUAAACAGCGCUGACAGGUAAUCCUUCUGGCCCCGCUGAUUGGAGACAGAUGCGUCUGGCAGGCGUGUGAGACCAGGACCAGGACCAGGCGUGUGAGACCGGGACCAGGACCAGGCGUGUGAGACCGGGACCAGGACCCAGGCGUGUGGAGACCGGGACCAG